UCCGUUAACUUGUAAAACCAGCGAUAGCUAGCGACAACGGAGAACUUAUCAGCAGACCUUGACAGUGGAUUCUUACAUAAAAGAUUCGUCUUCAGAACGGUGUGUGUCAGUCUUAGAGGUCAGGGUUUGAUUUCCCACGAGUCGCCAUGUUGUCAAGACUGUUCCCUGUUGGUCUGCUGCUGCUCUGUUUUACAGUGGGCGAUGGCGGGCGCUUGUCUGUGAGCGGCAGUCAUUUCGUGAAGGACGGACAACGCGUCUUCCUGUCUGGAACAAACCUCGCUUGGGUGCACUACGGCAGCGACUUCGGGAACCACCAUUACACCGGGGUCCGCGGGCAGAUGGAGCACUUCCUGGCCCAGAUCCAGGCUGCCGGGGGAAAUUCCAUCCGUAUUUGGCUGCACAUUGAGGGGGACACGACCCCACAUUUCACGAGCGACGGGCACGUGGACAAACCGGAUGCCGGUGGCACCCUGAUCAGCGACCUCCAUAGCUUCCUGCAAGCAGCACAGCGACAUAACGUGCUCGUUUUUAUCACACUCUGGAAUGGUGCGAAAAAUCAAAGUCCGCACUACAGGCUAAAUGGGUUGAUCGUGGACACCAACAAGCUACAGAGCUACAUCGACCACGCGCUGGUUCCCAUGGUGAACGCACUGAAAGGGGAGCCGGCGUUGGGCGGCUGGGACAUUAUGAAUGAGCCCGAGGGUGAGCUCCGACCCGGUGUGCAAAGCAACAACCCCUGUCAGGACACCAGCCAUUUGGCGGGCUCCGGGGCCGGCUGGGAGGGUCACCUGUAUACCGCGCAGCAGCUACAGAGGUUCAUCAACUGGCAAGCGCACGCGAUCCGGAUACACGACCCGGGCGCCAUGGUUACGGUAGGCACAUGGAACCCCAAGUCGAACACUGACCGCUUCGGCUUUAAGAAUCUGUACAAGGACUCCUGUUUGGUGGAAGCCGGGGGCAGAAACAAGGGUACGCUAACCUUCUAUCAAGUGCACACCUAUGCUUCGAAUGGACAGUGGGACGGCUACUCGCCAUUCCAGAAGCACUACAAUGACUACGGGCUUGACAAGCCCCUGGUGAUCGGGGAGUAUCGGGAAAGCGACGCUGCGGGUGAGCGGAUAACCGACCUCUACAACCAUGCCUACUACUACGGAUAUUCCGGUGGCUGGGGCUGGCAAGCGGUUGAUGGCAACGCAUGGGGCAGCAUCCAAACCGGCAUGGCAUGGCUCAAAGGGCGCAACGACCAGGCCAAGGGCGGACAGGUUAAUUUCAACGUGUAGCUAUGAUGCCGUUGAAAUAUGGCCAUCUCUAUAAACUAUUUCAUCGCUUUAUAUAAACUAUAAAGUAAACAAUAAA